AUGAAGCUAAAACAUUUUCUAUGGAGGUGCCUGCAGAAUAGCUUGCCAGUUAAUGAAGCCAUCUAUAAGAGAAUUAGGAAGGGAAGCAGCCUAUGUAAUUGCUGUGGUGAGGAUACUGAAACCAUUGAGCACAUCUUUUUCUUUUGUCCAAAGGCUCAAGUGGUGUGGAAGAUAGUUCCUGUGAGUUGGGAGAGGAUAACUGAGUUGCAAAGUAACAUAUGGAGAUGGUGGGAUGCAGUGAUGCAAUCCGCUAAGGAGGAACAAGGAAUGGAUAGAAUUAAGCUUACGGUCAAUAUAUUAUGGCAAAUCUGGAAGGCUGGAAACAAGAUGACAUUCCAGAGUAAGAACGUGGAUGCAAAACUGAUAGUGGACAAAGCACAGUAG